GUGGGAUGCAGCACAGUACUUUGGGAUUAAUUAAUACUUUAUAUAGUACUUCGGGAUUGAUAUGAUGAUAACAUCCGAUUUCUCAUUUCUGUAUGUGCCAAAUAUUAUUCAUGUAUGUUUAAUUAGGUAAGCUAUCAGGCGAUUCAAGAGGGAUUAGCUGUUAGGAUAGUUCAAGCAAUUUUCAAAGAGAUUCACGUACAGUCAUUAUUACCGGCAGAUCGAUAUAACGUUUUCAUGUUAUUUACUGUACUGCUUGAAAAGAAAAUGACUGAGCUCCAAACACUUGGGACGGAUUUUGUUUUUGGUUACAUUCAAGCCAUGGACGGAGAGAAGGAUCCAAGAAACUUGCUGGUUUGUUUCGAGCUUGUUCAAAUCAUCGUAAAGAGAUUUCCUAUUGAUAUUCAUGGCAGCCGAACAGUCCGUCGAGGCAGCUUGCUUGGAGGCGAUUCGGAGUAUUAUGCGAAAUAUUGCUUUGGCCGAAAAGGUACUGUUGUGUUUCCUGUAAUGAAAAACAUAAUUUUUUUACUCAUUAACAUGCUAACUAUUACUUUUUAA